AUGCAAAUAACAGCAACAACAGAAAGUAUAUCGACACUUGAUGAACUGAAAGAAAGUACGAAGAAGGGUAUAGAAUUUUCUGGAAGUCUUAGCAUCUUCGAAAAUUCGUUUAGUUACUCUCAUUCAACACAAACACGUUCCAUGAUAGAUACAAUUGUUCAAAUGAAUUCAACCGUUUACUUCACUAGAGCUACCAUCAGUCAAACACGUUUAUCUGCUUUUGAACCUUUACUGGAACUUUCUGAUCAAUUUCGUUAUGUAAUUGACAAUAUGCCGUGCUGCAAAGAGUCGAGUGAACUCGACCAAUAUAUUCAAGAAUUUAUAAUUGAUUAUUUUGGUUUGGUCUAUGUUAAAGAUUUGAUUCUCGGUGGCAUUGCUCAAAUGAAGAUUGUUAUUUCGGCAGAGAAUCGAACAAAUCUUCGGGAAAAUGGAUUUACUACAACGGAUCAGGCCGAAUUAAAAGCUGCGGCCGCUUCUAUC